AGAUGGGGCGAAUUGUGACUGUGGCGGUGAGCACCCUGAACCAAUGGGCGAUGGACUUUGACGGGAACCUCAGGAGGACCCUGGAAAGCAUCAGCCAGGCUAAGGCAGCUGGUGCAAAAUUCCGCAGCGGGCCUGAAUUAGAAACAUCGGGGUACAAUUGUGAAGACCACUUCUUCGAAAGCGACACCAGGUUGCACAGCUGGCAGGUUUUAGCUACUCUCCUAGCCUCCAAUGUCUGCCAGGACAUGAUUAUUGACGUUGGAAUGCCAGUGAUGCACAAGAACGUCACUUACAAUUGCCGCGUCGCCUUCCUAAAUUCUAGAAUUCUGCUAAUCCGUCCCAAGAUGCAGAUGUGUGACACUAUCAUGUACCGGGAAAGCAGGUGGUUCUCUCCCUGGACCAAGGAAUGAACUGUUGAAGAUUUCUUCCUACCGAGGAUCAUCACCUAGGUGACAGGACAAACUGUGGUUCCAAUUGGCGACGCUGUUAUCUCAACCAGAGACACUUGCAUCGGGUUUGAAAUUUGCGAGGAAUUGUAGCACCCAGCUUCUAACCACAUCAACAUGUCGUUGGACGGAGUUAAGAUAAUCUCCAAUUCAAGUGGAAGUGUCUUUGUAAUUCGCAAGGCCCACAUGAUCACAGAUCGCGUUAAGUCUGCCACUGCCAAAGCAGGAGGUGUUUAUAUGUACAGCAAUUUGCGUGGCUGCGAUGGUGGAAGGAUGUUCUUCAACGGGUCCAGCUCAGUUUCUUUGAACGAUGAGAUUGUCACAGCAGGAAAGCAGUUUUCAUUGGCGGAGGACGAGGUCACUGUUGCUACAAUUGAUCUGGAGGAUGUCAGGACCUACCGGAACAAUAUCAGAUCUAGAACUCACUCUGCUGCUAGGAGCAAUCCAUAUCCAAGGGUCAAGGUUGAGUUUUCGGUGUGCGACAACGGGCCCUUUAAGCUUACCAAUGAUAUGAUGGAUGCUAAAAACUUGGAUAGGAAGGAAGUAGGAGAGUUUCAUACUCCUGAAGAGGAGAUUUCUAUGGCACCUGCUUGCUGGAUGUGGGACUACCUCAGGCGUUCUUGUCAGGGUGGCUUUUUCUUGCCGCUAAGUGGAGGAGUUGAUUCGUCAUCAACUGCAUGUUUGAUUUUCUCUAUGUGCAACAUGAUCGUUGAUGCUGUCAAGGAUGGAGACAACCAGGUCCUAGCAGACGUCCAAAAAAUCGUCGGAGACUUCACCUACGUCCCCAAGGACCCAAAGCAACUAUGCAACACCUUGCUAGUGACCUGCUACAUGGCAACGGAGAAUUCCAGUUCCGAGACCAAAGCCCGAGCGAGCGAAUUAGCAUCCGAAAUCGGGUCCUACCACCACAGCAUCAUCAUCGACACCGCAGUAUCAGCAGUCCUUGGAAUCUUCCAGUAGGUCUCGAACCUAACACCCAGAUUCCGUACCCACGGUGGUUCGCCCAGAGAAAACCUCGCUUUGCAAAACGUCCAAGCGAGGUUGAGAAUGGUGAUCUCUUAUCUGCUGGCUCAGCUGAUGCUCUGGGUCCGUGGAAGACCUGGAGGACUCCUAGUUCUUGGCUCCAGCAACGUUGAUGAGUCUCUUCGUUGAUACUUCACCAAGUACGACUGCAGCAGCGCUGAUAUAAACCCAAUUGGCGGGAUCUCCAAGCACGAUCUCAAGAAGUUCAUCACAUUCUUUGGCUACAAAUUCAAUCUUCCGUCAUUGGGGAAGAUCAUCCAAGCUCCGGCUACCGCGGAAUUAGAACCGCUGGUCGAUGGACAAUUGGCUCAGCUGGAUGAGGUUGAUAUGGGGAUGACUUAUCAGGAACUUUCGACUUAUGGAAGACUCAGGAAGGUCCAGUGUGCUGGACCUUUCUCUAUGUUUUGGAAGCUGGUGCCUCUUUCGAGCCAUUGCUCCACCAGGAAAGUCGCUGAUAAGGUCAAACACUUUUAUCGCUGCUACGCGAUAAAUCGUCACAAAAUGACAAUCCUCACGCUAUCUUGCCACAUUGAAUGCUACUCACCUGAUGACAAUCGGUAUGAUCACAGGCAAUUUUUGUACAAUCACACUUGGAAAUGGCAAUUUGACGCCAUUGAUAAUCAAAUUCAAGCUUAUGAAGAUGAUAAAUAA